AUGUCCGUAUUCGAUCUCCAUCUGGAUAGCACACUGGGAUGUGGGUUCAUCGGAAUCACGGCCGGCGUGAUACACUUCAUUACUAUCGCCACUACUCCGAUGACGUCUUCAAUCUACGGUUGUUGCUCACGCACGACCCAGAUCGCCUUCCUCUGGUUACUCGAUACUGUUGGAACAGUUUUGGAUGCUAUGAGCCGUGGCUCUCCGUAUCUCGCCCUCAGCUUUCCUGUGUAUAGCGCGUUUGUGGCCUGUUUUAGUCCUCGCAUACCAACGAUGGCAGCUUCCUUUAACCAUCACUAUGUAUGUGGUAUUGGUUUUGCUUAUAAGCCAUUCGGUUCAUCGAACCCACUAUCUUCAGUCACCGUAUACAAAUUGAAGGUCAACAGAAACAUCGCGGCCGGACUUCAAGACGCUACAGCUACUGGAUGCCUGCAAACUUUGACAGCGGUCCUUGCAGAUAUCUACAUCUCAGUACUGCUAUGCAUGAUUUUGAACGGCAAGAAGACAGGUUUCAGAAAGUAUGAUGACUGGCCAAUUACUGGGAUAACGGUACAACUAACCAUCUCCCAGGACCGACUAUCAGAUAUCACGACUCAUCUUGUAUUCUAUCCAUCGAGGUAUCGUAACCACGGCUGUGCAACUUCUGCAAUUUGCAACAUUUGUAAGCUACAUACACGCAACCCCAUUCAAGCUAGUUUGGACAAUAUUUCACUUCCCCGGGAGCAAACAUUGAACGUUCGCCAUCACUUGCGGGACAGCGGGCAGCAUGCUGCUGAUAAGCUCCUCAGUGGCAACAUCCUCGACAUGAUACCUAUAGACCAUACGCAACGUCUCCCACGCAGCAUCGAGAUCAACGCUAAUUGCGCAAAGCCGGUACUUGGGUACAUCGUUGUCAAUCGCGAAGUGAUCGAGAGUGUAGAUGUGUAA